AAGCUGCAUACCUGGCCUCGAUGUCUGCCGCUGCGAGCCACCACACAGCCAUAUAUGGUAUCGGCGGCAGCGCAUUGCCGCCAUUCCUGGACCAGACCGCAGUCUCUUGCCACGGCCCCACCCCUCUGAGCCUCGUCAAACAAGAGCCCAAGGAGAGCCCUGGUGCAGAAAAGACCAACAAGCAGAGUGAGAAAAGGCCCACUUCUUACAAGUUCGAUACAGACUCGAAUAGAGGCAGUAGAGAAUCCUCGUCAUUGCCGUUUUCGUCGUUAACAGGGAGUUUGAUAAGUGCCCAGCUGCGAGAGCCUAAGCUUUCUCCGUCGUCGUGUUUGGAAGUGCCUUCGAGGUUGGACAAAAAGUGCGGCAACUCGAGCUCUUCGCGGGCAAAUAAUGGUGAUCUCUAUAGAGGGAAGAAGACUUCAACAAACUCACCUGCCUGUUCAAAUCCUUCCUCAAAAGCUCGAAGUGAAGCUGCGCCGAAUAGACCCACACAAUCAGCAGCGUCUGGACAUACUGCUAAAAGAACAAAUAACAGUAACUCAGCUGUUUCUUCUGACUGUAAAAAAAGUAGUGCCAAGUCAUCUGGCAAUGCCUUUAAUCGGUUACAACAAUCUGCGAUUGGUAAUUCAAUUUCGGCGUCUACGUCGUCUUUUUUGUCUGAAGCCCCAAUAAUUAGUGUUCCCACCCACGCCGCCUCCCCAAUUGCCCUCGCGACUGUCCAGCUCGAUGGCGUUGUUCUAUCAGCUCUGGCAACUCCGUCAUCGGCUGCCGCUUCUUCCUUUUCCACAAAAGCAAUAUUUCGCAACCAGCAGUCAGAUAAACCCAACCGAACCACACUGGGAGACAAGGAUCUAAGGAGGGAUACUCAUGGGAAAUUUGCUACAGAGGCGAACUUAUCCAGUGGGCUUUCAGAAGGGAUCAUCGACACCACACUCAACUGUAACGAGGAUAGGUCGGCUAGUCGUAAGGUUGGUGGCAUGAGCGGCGAUGUUAUUACAAAAACAAACACAAGUAUUUGUGGCGGAACCGUCAAUCCGACAGAGGAUUCUAAAUUGCUUAGUGACGAUAGCUGCGAUAUCAUUGUGGAUUCCACUGAAAAAGAUGAAUCUACAACACCCGUGGAUUCGGUAACCAAAUCUGAGACGGAUACGUCAGUUGGAGGGUCCACGCCCAGAAUAGCGUCUGCGGCAGACACCGAUAUGGAUAGCGACCACGAAGACUUCGCAUCUCAGGCGUCUGCAGAAACGGAUGCCACAAACACAUCGUUGGUGUGUGUGACCCGGAUGGAGACCACCUGUGUUGUGACGCCGUCGGGUGCCGCCUCUUCUGGGACGAGAACUGUUUAUGCAAAGACUCAGCCAGUGUUAUCUGUUGCU